GGCGCCAUUUGUACCCUCAACUCCACAUUUCAUACACACUGUCAAUAACCGUUUCUAAAUCUCCACAUCUCUUCAAAACCCUAACCCUAACUUCUUCCUCUUCUUCAUCAAAUCAUGAGAGAAAUCUUACACAUUCAAGGCGGCCAAUGCGGCAACCAAAUCGGCACCAAGUUUUGGGAGGUUAUCUGCAACGAACACGGCAUCGAUCACACCGGAAAGUUCAGCGGAUCAUCGGCCGAUCUGCAACUAGAACGGAUCAAUGUUUACUUCAAUGAAGUUUCUGGUGGAAGGUACGUGCCGCGUGCGGUGCUUAUGGAUCUGGAGCCUGGAACUAUGGAGAGUAUUAGAUCUGGUCCGAAUGGAUUGAUAUUUCGGCCGGAUAACUUUGUGUUUGGACAGUCUGGUGCUGGUAAUAAUUGGGCGAAAGGUCACUAUACUGAAGGUGCUGAGUUGAUCGAUUCGGUUUUGGAUGUUGUUCGUAAGGAGACUGAGAAUUGUGAUUCUCUACAAGGCUUUCAGGUGUGCCAUUCACUUGGAGGUGGCACAGGUUCAGGCAUGGGGACACUCUUGAUUUCAAAGAUCAGAGAGGAAUACCCCGACCGAAUGAUGCUUACAUUCUCUGUUUUCCCUUCACCUAAAGUGUCCGAUACUGUUGUUGAACCCUACAACGCCACACUCUCGGUCCACCAGUUGGUUGAAAACGCUGAUGAAUGUAUGGUUCUUGACAAUGAAGCACUCUAUGACAUCUGUUUCCGAACUUUAAAGCUCAGCAAUCCAAGUUUUGGUGACCUGAACCAUUUGAUAUCUACAACAAUGAGUGGUGUAACUUGCUCUUUGAGGUUUCCGGGUCAACUGAAUUCUGACCUCAGGAAGCUAGCAGUGAACCUGAUUCCAUUCCCGCGUCUCCAUUUCUUCAUGGUCGGUUUUGCCCCGUUAACUUCUCGCGGAUCGCAAAAAUACACCUCACUAACCGUCCCAGAACUGACGCAACAAAUGUGGGAUGCAAAGAACAUGAUGUGUGCAGCGGACCCACGUCACGGACGUUACCUGACAGCCUCAGCCAUGUUCAGGGGGAAAAUGAGCACGAAAGAGGUUGAUGAGCAGAUGAUGAAUGUGCAAAAUAAGAAUUCGUCGUACUUUGUUGAAUGGAUUCCUAAUAAUGUUAAAUCUAGCGUGUGUGACAUCCCGCCAACGGGGUUGUCAAUGGCGUCCACGUUUGUUGGAAACUCGACUUCGAUUCAAGAAAUGUUUAAAAGAGUGAGUGAGCAGUUUACUGCGAUGUUUAGGCGCAAAGCUUUCUUGCAUUGGUAUACAGGUGAAGGAAUGGAUGAAAUGGAGUUUACUGAAGCGGAGAGUAAUAUGAAUGAUUUGGUUGCUGAGUAUCAGCAGUAUCAAGAUGCUACUGUAGAAGAGGAUUAUGAUGAUGAGGGUGCUGAGGAAGGGGAGUAUGAAGGGUAAAAAGGUAAAAUGGUAUCAUAAGGACUGUUGUGUAGUCUUGUUGGUGUUGUUUUGGAUAUAAUGUGAUGUUUGGAUGCAAAUGUUUGAAUAAGAAUGUAUGUGUGUUGUUUUUGUGUUGA